UGCUCUCCUCUUCCUGCAGUGUGUGUGCGGGCGCUGGACGUGACGGUGUCACAGAGCAGUAUCCAGGUGGCCCGUGGCCAAGCAGCCGUCCUGCCCUGCUCUUUCACCACCAGCGCUGCCCUCAACAACCUCAACAUCAUCUGGAUGGUGAUACCACUGUCCAAUGCCAACCAGCCAGAACAGGUGAUAACUUACCAGGGUGGCCAGAUAUUCAGCCCCGCCAACCACCCCAAUGCUCGUGUGGGCUUUGUGGCCACCAUGCCAAGUACCAGUGCCUCCAUCGUCAUCAACAACACCCAGUUGUCUGACACUGGGACCUACCAGUGCCUGGUCAACAACUUCCCAGACAGAGGGGGGCGCAGCAUCGGUGUUAUUGGGCUCACUGUGUUGGUGCCCCCAUCUAUACCAGCAUGUCGAAUCCAGGGCACACUGGAUGUUGGCAGUGACAUCAUGCUUCUCUGCAGUUCAGAGGAAGGUAUUCCCACGCCGUCCUACUCCUGGGAGAAGCUGGACACGCUGCCCAAGCUGCCUCACAACGCCAUGCAAGACCAGAUGCAGGGCACGGUCACACUAAGAAACAUCAGCACCUCCACCUCAGGACACUACCAGUGUACCUCCACCAAUGCUAUUGGCAAAAGCACCUGUCUGCUCAAUCUGCAGGUUGUAGCACCACAGCCUCAGAGCGUAGGUCUGAUAGCGGGGACCAUUGCUACAGGAGUCCUGGCUAUCGUCAUCUUCUCCCUCUUAGCAGUGGUCACACUCUUCUACUGGAGGAAUAAGAAUAAAUAUGAUGAGGAGGAGAUCCCCAAUGAAAUCAGAGAAGAUGACCUUCCUCCUAAGAGGUCAUCAUCAGUGAAGGCUUUCCAUGCAGAUGCAUCGUCCUCAGAGAAUGACACACUUACAUCCACCAACACAUACAACAGUCGCUACUGGCACAACCCCAAAACCAACUAUGACACCAACUCCUACACGCGUUACAAUGGAGACACACGCCAGACCUUCUCCACUGCAGCCCAUGGCGCGCACGGACAAGGACAGGCCCAGAAUGCAGGCCACGGUCACAGUGCAGUGGUCACAGCACCGGGUUCGGCACCGUUGUCUCGCCACGUGCAGCCCGCGACGGCACCGACAACAUCGUUUGCCAAUGGCGGCCACACGCUCCCACCACCCAAGACUCUGGUGGUCACGACGAACUCUGCCCCGUCCCCUCCCGCCAAAGUGCGCAGCAAUGGCACUGUGAGCCUCAAACCGGCGGUGACGUCCGCACAUGGGCAACACACGCACUCCUACGCUGUGAGUCAGGCCACGCUGGAGCGGAUGGGGGCGGUGCCUGUCAUGGUUCCUGCUCAGAGCAGAGCGGGCUCGUUGGUCUGAAAGCUGAUUUGGAAAAACAGACUAAAUACGGGCUGAAACAGCCUGCUGCCCCUUUACAACUGUGUCUUUCUCUUUGUCUUGACCUUUUUAAUCUGAAAACAAACUGGGACUUAACAGUGAGGAGUUCAUUUAAUGCCAAUUCUCUGACGUCCAGGACUCUCCAUCUUGUGGACGAGCCCAACAUGGAACCUUUAUUGGACGGAUUUCCCUGUUUCGUUGUGGUGGGAAACACUUUUUACGCACCUGGAUGAUUUAACAUCAUCCUGUGAGACCUGGAUUUCCAGAUCUUAUUCAGGGCUGGAUCAUUGUGAUGAUUGUGGGUCUUUUUGGACCCAAAGACACUUUCAUCUCAGUGCGUCUGCACUGCACAGUCACAGUCAAGUGAGCUCAGAUUCCCGGCAUAAAUACAUGUGUCCCUUGUUUUAGGAUGACAAAAAUAAUGAUUUAAUCUAUUCUAAUAAUUUCCUCUCAGUUGUUAUUUUGACUGACAUUAAUGAUAGUGAUGGAAGUGAAUGUACUUGUGGGGUAAAAACUUAAAGGGUGAAAGUAUACGAAUGAUAUGGUGGUUUAAAUGGCCUUAGAAGCUAAGGGAGAGGGAGGGAGAGUUUAUUGGGUGCAAUACAUCAUAUAUUACACUUCACUGAAUGCAAACUUUUUAAUUUUUGCACUUUUCAAAGCAAUUUUAUAUCAAAACUGCUGUCCUCAUAACAAUAGUCAGUCUUUCUACUGAAUAUGCUCACACACCACUUUCACAACAACACCCACAACACGCUACUGGCCCUGAUUUAAACUUGAACCUGCAGAUGGACAGUGUCACAGUCUGUCCUCGCUGUCGUCCUAAUCUGGUUCAUGUCACAUCAGCGCUGCUUUGAGAAGACAUGGAUAAGAGGACGUGUUUGUUCAUAAAGGCUUUAUAAAGAGAUAAAUAUAUAUUUAAGGGUGAUUUUUUUUUGUUGUUUGUUUUUUUGCAAAGGCAAAGAUCUACUGUUUUCUCCUGUACAUAUUGUAACUACAACAGUAGGCUAGAUUGUGAAUCAAAGAAAACACAUUACAUGUCUGUCUUAAAACAUAAUUUUACAACUCAUGUGUCUUAAUUUUAAAACGGUUCUUGUUGUUACAGUAGACAGCCAUUCAGGUUUGAUAGACAGUGUUACUGGUUUCAGUGGAGGGUUGUUUUUUUCUCUUAAUAAGUUCAAUUUCUAAUGAGUUUUGACACGUUCUUAACCAGGUCUGAGGUAAAUACAGUUUGGUUUAACACGACUGACACCUAUGCUGUACAAAGUAGAGAGUAAAUCUGACCCACUGUAUUUAUAUUUUAACCAAAUUUCACCAAUGGUAACACACUAUGAACUGUUAUGUGUGUGUUCAAUGCAGUCUCAGCGUGUUUGUUCUUUUCUUUUAAAAAAAUGAUUUCUGUACACAUACAAUUUCUAAUCAUUUUAUGUAUGUUCUUUUAGCAUUUUAAAAUCCUCACUUGAGGCUUUACUUUAGAGUGUUCAUGCCAAUUUCACAAUUUGUGGUCUGUUUUUCGACAUACUGAAUUCACCCUGGUGAGUUCAAUGAUCACCGAUUUUUUUAAAUGUGGAAGACAUUUUUGUCUUUGUGCUUUUGUCCAAGGAGUGUUACAGUACCUGCACUAAAAUGCAGUAAAAUCACAAUGUUACUUGAACACUGAAAAAGAAAUACUCAGCCCUUACCGUUCGCUGUACAAUAUUCUUAUGAAAGACAGGUCAAUGUUUAGAUCAUAGGAAUAAAAAAAACACCAGACAACAUUUCUGUAAUAUAAUUUCCACAUUUUUGGAUGAGAACCAGUCAACAAUGAUGUUGAAUGCGUCAGAUGUGUUGGCCUGCAGUUAAUACAGACCUGACAGCAUACCACGACUAUUUCAUCUUUGCAGCCCUUCCAUCUUCCUGACUGAUUCACUUUCAUUAUAACAGUCGCCACGGUAGGCACUGCAUCAGCUUAGGUCAAUGACAAACAUACUUUUUUCAUUUGCACACAUAACCUUUGACCCAGGUCUGACCACAGCUGCAAAUCCUCACACUGCUUUUACACAAAUAUGUAUUCAUUUUUUUUUCUUUAAUAUUUCUCAUAAUGUUAUCAACUGUGUGGCAAAGCUAGAGUACAUUGGUUGAGUCCACCUCCAAGUGCUGCAUUCACACAUAUUGAUUUAUAAAUAGGCAGAUGGAGGUGAAUAGAUCAAAAAUCAGUAUUUCUUUUUCGUCUCUGUAUGUCUGUCUGUGUAGAUUCCUCUCAGCAUUUCUCUCAGUGACCCUGCCCUGAACACUGGCUGGCAAUAUUAAAGAACUUUUCUUCUAA